UGCGAAUUCGCGCGCAUUUCGCGCAGCCGCUCUGUUGUAAAUAGGUGCAAUUUUUUAUUUAUUGAUGACUCGUAUUUCGUUUUGUAUGUGUCCUGUACUCAAUCAAUUUGUAUUAAAUUUUCAAUCAACGUUGUUGUUGAUAUUCUAUUAGGAGCAAACUAAUACAAGGAAACUGUUUUAUCAAACCAUUGUAUUGGUAAAGUAAAUAAAAAUGCAUGAUUUUUCUAAUGAUUUUGAUCGUGUUACACCCGAUGUGUGGAUGCUAAAUGAGGCGUCAUGGAAUGAAAGACUUGUUCAGUUACCAAACUGGCAGAAGAUUCCACUUAUAAAUUCUAACACUUCACACAACUUGCCCGAUGGCUCGCUGGUCCGUUUUCGUGGAAUGGUACAAGACAUGCAUAAUCCAGAAUUUUUCUUCGAACAAUUUGAAGUGUUCAACACAGUUACAAAUGAAAUUAAAAACAAAUCUGGAAAAUACACUGACACAGCACAUAUCUUGGAAAAUGAAAAAAUAAACUACACAGAAAACUUAAAGAGUGCCCAACGUCAAACCAUUGUGGUAGUAUCAAUGCCCGGGCUGAAUGAAUGGGCACAGACUAUAGAAGAUGAACAGAACCACUUGGAACACCUCCACCACCAACCCAACACAUCAAAGAGGUCAAAUUUGAACACGAAACUAAAGAGAAGUCAUGAUGACAGUGAUGAUGAUCAGAGUGCUAUGGAUGUAGAAAAUGAGGGAGGUGCUAACAAAGAACGGAGGACAGCUGAAGUUGUUAAGAACACAACAAUGGUGGUGUCCAGGGAGCACCUACUGAAUUUCCCUCUUCCUGAUGUUGCUAGCAAGUCUUGCAUUGUUAAGAUUUAUGAUGACAGUGACAACCUGAAAAUCAAUGACAUGAUAGAAGUAGUAGGCUUUCUGUCUGUGGAUCCAGCACUAUCUGGUGAAUUCCAAGCUGAAAAAGAUCCUCUCCUGGCGCCAGAGUGUGAGAGUGAAGCGGAGAUCAUAACUCAUAACCCUCCGCCCAGUCUAGUGCCUCGGCUACACGCUGUCUAUGUCAAGAAGUUGGAACAUUGCAAUCCAUUGGUGAAAGGAGCUCCAGAUCAAGAAAUGAUACUCAAAGAAGCAAACACAGCGAGAGAGCAUUUACUGAAAGCACUGAAGGAACUGUUGCUGGGUGAUGAAUUGGCUGCAGAGUAUUUAAUAUGCCAUCUUAUAGCCUGCGUAUAUCUCCGACAAGACACGUUCACUUUGGGCCAGUUCUGCCUCAACAUAUCCAACAUGCCCACCAAGAAGUACCCCGACUACGCCAAACAGUUGUACGACAUCAUCAAACAGUUUGUCACCAAGAGCUACUACCUGCCGCUCACUGUGGACAAUAUGAACACUAUGGCACUGUUACCAAAAAAAGACUAUGACUGCAACAGACUAACUAGCGGCAUUCUACAACUGAGCAAGCACACGCACCUCGUCCUGGACGAGACUAAAAUGGAGCAAGGGAAUCUGGACGCCUCUGGGGUCAACAACAUCUCUGCACUGGGCAACCUCAUCAAACUACAGAAGGUUGAAUAUGACUUCAAGUAUUACAAAAUGGAGUUUGACUCUGAUAUCAAUGUUCUUGUGUUGUCUGAAGGAAAAUCUUUGUUGCCCAGCGACUAUCACAUUCCACUGCGGCCGGAGGAGUCGUCGCUACAAAUAUUCGAUGCUAUAGUGGAGGCCGCUACAUACUACUUGAAGGAAGAGAUCAUGAACACGAUCAGAACAUAUCUGACCAACUUGAAACUUGCCAAAUACUCUAUUAGUGAAAAUUUACAGUUUGUCGAAGACGACUUUAUAGAAAUGCGCAGUAAUUCAGACAGCGAUAGCCCGGUGACGGCAGACGAUCUGCACCGACUCUUGGUGCUAGCGCGGCUGGUCAGUCUGUCCAGAGGUCACGAUACACUCUCGAGGGAGUGUUGGGACCUCACCAAAAAGAUGGAAGAAGAAAGGCUACAGAGGUUAAAAAAUAGAGCACCUGCGUUGUAACUUUGUUUUUUUUUUUACAUAGAAAUUAAGUAUAAUGUGCACGUGUACUUUUUAAAAAACUCAAAUUUUUAA